AAAUUUCACAAACUCCCCCAAAAGACAAAAGUACAACCACAUCAUAUUCUCUCUCUCUCUCUCUCUUCGUGGUGUUCUUCUUCUUUUCAAUUUCAAUGGAUCGAACCCAAAUUCUCCUGGUUGGGUUACCAAUCUUUCUCUUCUGUUCAGACAUUCUCAACCUCUUCGCUCCUCCACCCCCUCCCAAACCAACCCAUCACCCUUCCGUCCACCCCAAACCACACCCUCAAUCGCAAAUUCGCCAACCCCUCGAUUUCCCCGCCCAGAAACAGAAUGGGAUUGGCCCAAUUGGGGUUGGCAACACUGUCAGCAUUGACUUCUGCACUUCCUGCUCUUACAAGGGAAAUGCAGUAGCAGUCAAAAACAUGCUGGAAUCUGAAUUUCCUGGGAUUAAUGUUGCGUUGGCUAAUUAUCCACCUCCACUUCCUAAGCGUAUUCUCAGCAAAGUAGUUCCAGUGGUGCAAACAGGUGUUAUUGUAGCUAUAGUUGCCGGUGACCAAAUAUUCCCUAGAUUGGGAAUGACGCCACCACCAUGGUACUUUUCCUUGCGUGCCAAUAAGUUUAGAAGCAUUGCAAGCACUUGGCUUCUUACAAAUUUUCUCCAAUCCUUCCUACAAAGCUCUGGUGCUUUUGAAGUAUAUUGCAAUGGUGAAUUGGUUUUCUCCAAGUUGAAAGAGAACAGAUUCCCUGGUGAAAUUGAGUUGAGGGAACUUGUAGGGAGAAGAUUAGCCAAUACAAGAUUUGUAAGUGGUAUUGAAGGUGGUGUUGGGCUCUAGAACCCUCAAAUAGCUGAUUGCAAGAUUUACCAAAUAUUAAUUAAUUUGAAGUUAGAAGACCCUGAGGAAGAUACAUGACACAAAUUGAAGCCUACGAAAUGGAUGUUUAAGAAUCACAAUUUUAUAGUUAGUGUUUGUGUAAUCUGUUAUGUACACGGUUAGGUAAGCUAGUGAAUAUUGAAUAAGCAUGUUUCUUAAGUUCUCACUUUUGAUUUUUUAAGCCUCUUUCUUUCUGAUGCUAAACUUGGAUUUCAUAAAUAAAUUAUUCCUCUAUUGAGAAA